AUGGUGGAGGAGGGAGAUGAAGAAGGGGGCGAGGAUGAGAAGAGAGAAGAGGAGGAAGUAGAGGAAGUAGAGGAAGAGGAGCCAGAGGAAUGGGAAGCUGGAGAGUCGGAGCUGGAGGAUGCGAGCUUGAGCUGUUUUUUGAGUACUUUUAUUCUCUUAGAGAUGGAUUUGUAUCUUGAUAUGGAUUCAUCUAGGCCUUUCACUGUACAGAUUCUUCUGCCCUUUUGGAUCUUGUAG